UAGAAGAUAAUGGAUGAUUAUUUUGAGCUCAAUACAGGAGCAAAGAUACCAUCUGUUGGAUUUGGCACAUGGAAGGUACCUCCUGGCUUGGUUGGAGAUGCUGUCAUUGCGGCUGUUAAGGCUGGUUAUCGGCAUAUUGACUGUGCCAGAAAGUAUGACAAUGAGAAGGAGAUUGGAGCUGCUUUGAAGCACUUGUUCUCCAAUGGAGUGGUGAAACGCAGUGAACUCUUUGUCACUUCCAAACUAUGGUGCAGUGACCAUUCGCCUGAAGAUGUAUCAAAGGCUCUGACCCGAAUACUGGAGGAUUUGCAGCUUGAUUAUAUUGACCUUUUCCUUAUACAUUGGCCAAUUCGCACAAAACCUGGCACGUUAGGAUUUGAGGCAGAAGUCAUGCUUCCUUUAUGCAUGGCUGAAACAUGGACUGCCAUGGAGGGUUUGUAUGCAUCUGGGCAGGCAAGGGCCAUUGGUGUUAGUAACUUCUCAACCAAGAAGUUGCAAGACCUGUUAACUCAUUCCAAAGUGCCACCAGCCGUCAACCAGGUUGAGUGUCACCCAGUUUGGCAGCAACCUGUGCUUCAUAACUUGUGCAAGUCCACAGGCAUCCAUCUCUCAGCAUAUGCUCCAUUGGGCUCUCCAGGAUCAUGGAUCAAAGGAGAAGUCCUCAAGGAACCAAUUCUGUUGGAAAUUGCAGAGAAGCUUAACAAGUCUCCUGCACAAGUUGCUCUACGUUGGGGUAUUCAGAGCGGACACAGUGUCUUGCCAAAGAGCACAAAUGAAGCUAGAAUCAAAGAGAACCUUGAUUUGUUCAGUUGGACCAUUCCUCAAGAUCUCUUCUCAAAGUUCUCUCAAAUCCAACAGGCAAGGCUACUUCGGGGUGAUUUUGCAAUCCAUCAAACUGGUAGUCCUUACAAAAGCCUUCAAGAACUCUGGGAUGGUGAGAUAUAACAUCAUCAAGUUGAGAAAAAUCUUUACCCUUUUUUUUUUUUUUCACUUUGGCACU